CCAAAGAUAUCCCUGAACUUUUACAGACCUGCGACGCCUUUCCUGAUAAAAUCCACUCCAUUGGGAAGCACGGUAACGUGGAGCGGACUCGCUCCGAGGUUCAGUUUAAUCAGGUGAAGUUUUGUCCUCCAAUGCGAAAGGAAACAGACCCUUACCCUGAACUGGAGCUGUACGAUGGUUGGAGCAUCGACGGUGAUGAGAAGAACAGCCCGAGUCUUUUGGAAUGUGUGGAAGAGGCUUUGAUGGAAAGUCUAACAAGUCUAACAAUCAAGAGGGCUCCUUCAACAGAGGCAGGGUCCAGCACCUUCAAGCGGUCAGCGACGGUCAAUCCCUCGCCAGUGUCCACCCAGCCAUCCCUCCAGGACAUUGCCAGCAGUGACCAGCUGAGCAGAGCCAACGCCAACUGCCAGGAUGUAGGGGAGCUCAAUAUGAACUCCAUGCCGGACAGUGCAGGACAGCAGGGCAGUGAACAGUCUGCAGACGCCCCGCUCUCUCCAGAAUGGGCCACACUAAGGAGGAAAACAGACAACUCGGGUGCUGGGUGUCACGGGCUACCACCUACUCCCAAAGUGCACAUGGGCGCCUGUUUCUCCAAAGUGUUCAACGGCUGUCCUCUCAAAGUGAACUGCGCUGUCACGUGGAUUCGACCAGACACAAGAGAUCAGUACCUGAUCCUGGGCGCAGAGGAGGGAAUGUACACUCUGAACCUCAAUGAACUUCAUGAAGACACCAUGGAGAAGCUCGUUCCUCAGAAAUGUUCCUGGCUCUAUGUAAUGAACAAUGUCUUGAUUUCUCUGUCUGGUAAGUAAAGACUUCAUGAAUAGAGGAGGAAAUAUUUGACACACUUUAAAUCUAGAGAGCUGCUUGUCUGGUAGCACAGGUUAAUAAGAGUAGCAGAAUCUGUGGGUGCACAAAGGCUCUCUGUCUCAGAGGAGAUGAACAGAAUAAAUGAA